AUCUCGCACCGAAGACGUCUCCGGCUCGGAGGAUUAAUCUCGACGAACGAGGAUGUCGAAUCACCGAUGAAUCGAAAAGGAGGAACGUUCGCAUGGCCGCAAUGCGUUGAAGAUCCGGCCGGUCGAGGAGAUUCGAGAUGUCCGCCGUAACCAGCCCGUAUGGCCCCACGGAGAUGCUUUCCGACUCGGUGUACAACUACGCGACGGCCCGGCGGGGGACCGGCGAUCAGGACAGCGACUCCCAGUACGAGGGCCAGGCCCAGCUGCAGAUCACGAGCAUCCAGAAGCCGCGCAACAAGCGCAAAAACUUCAAGCCGAUAAGCAGCCGGAUGGUGGAGGUGUCCGAUGAGUCCGAGAAGGAGGACGACGAGCUGGACGGGGCGAUGGAGGAGAGCUCGAGCGAGAUACUCGAGUACGAGAGGAAGACGAUGCUGUUGCCUGCGGAGGACAGGUCCAAGCAGAGGUUGAACAACAACGAGGUCAGCCCCAUGGACCUGUCCGUGGCCACCAGGCCCCCGUCCUCCGAGGCCGACGACGAUAGCGGCGACUCUCUCAGGCACAAGUUCAUCCUGGAGCAGCUCAGAUCUCAGAAACUCUACUCCCCUGGCACCGAAGCCAGGAGUCCGAACUCGGAAUCGUCGGAGAAGAGUGGAGGAAGCGGUGUCCUGGACGCGGACUCGGGACGGUUGGACGACACCCCGUUCGAGGACGAGCGAGGGCAGGACGGGGACGGCGACGCCGAGUGCGAGGAGAGGAAACCGUUCGAAGGGAUGAGGGAGUACGCGGAGUCGACUAUGCAGGAGUUGUUGGCGAUCUACGGGCUGACGGGGGGAGAAUUGGUGAAGUCGGUGAGCAGGCAGCUACCGCCGACCUUCUUGAAUCCCCCGACUUCGGGCCAUCAGCCUCACGGGAAGGUAAAAGUAAAAGAGGAAAAGGAUGCUUCCUCGAUGGCGCCAGGAAGCCCACCGACGCCACCGCACACCCCCCAAAGCCCACCUCGACACAAUCCACCCCCGGGUAACCUGUCUCAAUCCUGUCAGACGUCGAACGCCAAUUCUCCGAAUCUGCAGCAACAGCAACAGCAGCACCAACAGCAUCAACACCACCAACAACAACACCAGCAACAAGAGUCGAAUCAGCAGCAGCAGCAGCAGCAACAACAGCAGCAGCAACAGCAGCAUCAGCAUCAUCAUCAAUCCAUUCACGCGAUGACCAACACGCCCCUGAGCCAGAUCUUGGUCCAGAAUCCGGCCCUUGCUCAAUUACUGCAACAGAAUCCCGCGAUUCUGUCGCAGAAUCCGCAGUUGGCGCAGUUGCUGCAGCAAAAUCUUCAAGUUCAGAUGGGCAGCGUCCUUUUCCAGAACGUGAGGAGGGAGGAACCUGAAGAAUCGAGGGUGAGUCAGUCGAACAAAUUAAUUAGACGGGAAGGGUCCCUUUCAUCUCCCGCGGACCGUUUCGCCGUUUCCCUCGCUUCUCUCUCGCCCUCGUGACGGAAAUGGAUUGUU